AUGUUUGCACGCCGUAAUUUACGUCGUAAUCUUACAAUUACAAUAUCAUUACCUUUCGUUUUAUUAACCUUAUUCGUCGUACAUAAAAAUCGCGAUAUUAUAUUUUCUGACAAUACAUCACACAAAUAUCAUGAGCAUGCAUCUGAUUUCUCACAAGAUAUCAUCAAUCCUAUAUAUUAUGUUCGAUCAAAACGUUCGACAACUGGCAGUAAAUUAUCGACGAUUCAUAUCGAUGAACGAAUACAGAAUCAAAGUCCAAUAAUGGUUAAUCCGUAUACAAUGCCACUUAUAAAUACUUUGGAUAAUCAUAGGCAAAUACCAAAAUAUCACUCAACUGAACAAAUUCCCUAUCCUGUUAUUAGUACAAAAAAUCUUGAACGCUUUGUUCAUCUUGAUUUAAAAGGUGCUGCACCGAAACUUGAUUAUUAUCAAAAAUUGUUUCCAUUUUUAAGACAAUUGGGUGCAACUGGUUUACUUAUUGAAUAUGAAGAUAUGUUUCCUUUUGUUAAUCAUUUAGCUAUAAUAAAACAUGGUCUUGCCUAUUCAAAGCAUGAUAUUCAACUCAUAUUACAAUUAGCUGAUAUGAAUGGUUUAAAGAUAAUGCCAUUACUUCAAGUUUAUGGUCAUCUUGAAUAUGUACUUAAAUUAAAAGAAUUUAUACAUCUACGUGAAGACAAGCGAUAUCCACAAGUUAUAACACCAUGCCUUGAAGAAAGUUAUAAAUUAAUAUUUGAAAUGAUUGAUCAAAUGUUAUCUCUUCAUCCAUUUAUUUCAUAUUUUCAUAUGGGUUGUGAUGAAGUUUAUUAUCGUCUUGUUCAUCCUCAAUGUGCUUAUCUAAAUUUUCAUGAUGAUGCUGAUCUUUUUAUCAGACAUGUUACUCGUGUUGCUAAAUAUAUUAAAUCAAAACGUCCAGAUAUUAAAUUAUUUAUAUGGCAUGAUAUGCUCUCACAAUUAGCCAACUCAGGUUAUAAUAACAUUACGGAAUUAAAUGAACUUAUUAUACCUAUGGUAUGGGCCUAUGUUGAUGAUGUUAAACCUUGGUUUGAUGAUGGAUUCUGGAUGAGAUUUUCAGUCUUUCGUGAAGUCUGGGUAGCUAGUUCAUUUAAAGGUUCAUCAGGUGAAAUAACAACAAUGAGUUAUAUUGGUCAUCACCAACGGAAUCAACAAACAUGGCUUGAAACAAUGUACAUUGCAUCAAGUCGGCAUAGAGUUAAUUUCUCGGGUAUUGCCAUAACCGGUUGGUCUCGAUAUGAUCAUAUGCUUUCUUUGUGCGAACUUCUACCAUCAUCCAUACCAUCUCUUGCAUAUGUGUUACAAACAAUUGUUUUUGGACAUAUAAACGACGAUAAAAAUGUAACUAUUUCGACGACAUUAUUAGGAUGUAAUCAAAUACCAUUAUGGGAAAAACCGAUGUUUACUACUUUUGUAUCUUGUUCAUUUCCAGGUCAUGAAUUAUAUGAAAUGAUGCAUCAAUAUGAUUCUAUACUUCGUCUAUAUGAUGAAACAAUGUCAUUUGUACGUUCAUUUGUAACAGAUAUUCAUAUUCGUCAAAAUUAUAUCCAUUAUAAACGUAGUCAAGAAUGUUUACAACGAUUAAUCUAUUUAGAAGAUCAAAUGAUUUAUUUUAUAAAUGCUUUUCAGCGUGUUUCUUUUAAUUUUUUUACAGUUGACAUUGGGUCAGAGUGGUUACAAACAUAUUUUAUGAGAAAAUUCAAAGAAGUUCAAUAUCGUACGAAUUUUAUUGAACGUAAAUUAAAAACACAAUUAUCAUGGUCACAACGUCCACUACCUAACAAUACUGCAUUCAUUGUUGUUAAACGACGAAAUUUUACAGCUGUUAAUUUUUCACCAUUACUUAAAUAA